UGUUCUGUUUCACAAGUGCUUUACAUGGUCCAUGAUGAAUGAACCCAAAGUGCAGGAGAAACUGCUAGACUUGAUGCACAUCGUGAAUGAGGUUCCAAAUUUAUUGAAGAGUUUCAGUGAUGCAGCAAGGAGGCAGUACUUAGGUAAGGUGAUAAAAGCCUUCGGAGAUAUGAUAGGGUCUGACUUAACGGAUGAUCAAGAUGAUAAACUCGAACAGGAGGCUAAAAGAUUGGAACAAGAUUCCGGCAUAAUGUUAGCCGCAGCAAGUAGUGGUGUAACAUUCAAGAAAGAAGAAGGUGGCGAGGCUUCAGAUCAAAGAGAGCAAAUACUGAGGAGUAAAAGUGAAGAAGGAUUCAAGAAAGAACGAGUCGGUGGAACUGGAAAGAAGAGUUCGAUGGAGUGCAUAAAAGAGUCUAUAGAAUCUGAUAAGGAAUUUGGGGUUCUGAAUGUGAAAAGUUCAAGCUUGGGAUUAUGCUGUCUCGUUUGAUCGUUGAUUUCAUGUUUCUGAUGUCAGGGAAAGAACAAUGGGCAGAAAAGAUUGAAAGUUUCAAGUCUGAACUUAAAGGUGUCAGUAUUAAAAACGUGAACUCCAUGGUGAUUAACAAGAUUAUCACUACUGGAAAAGGCCAAAAUUGAUGAACCAAUGAAAGGAAAGUGGGCUGGUAUGGAGCAAACAAAACUUUGAAAGCACUCAGCAAGGAAAGCUUGAACAGAAGAAGCCCAAUUGAUGAGCUAUUUGAUAAAUACCUUGAGAAAGCUCUAGAUCUACUCCAACCUCAAUUCAUCGUGAUAUCUCUGCGUUUGGAAUCUAUUAUAAGUCAUCCACUUCCUCCCAAAUCACAAAACUUAAUGAAUGUGGCGCUGCCCGACUUCAUAUGUGAUCUCAAGAAAUAUGAGGAGAAGCUGAAGCGUAUAGGGGAGGAUAUUAAUAAACUGAAGGCAAUGGUUUCAUCCAAACAAGAGCGUAAGGACGAGAAGAUGACUGAGACUUGGAUUGUUGUAGAGUCUAUGAUAGCUGAACUGUGGAAUCAAUCAGAAUCUUCAUACAAGGAGUAAAGGUUUUGAAGCUCAAUUUAAAGGAUCUUGUAGUGUCCAAAGCUCCCACACAAAGGUUAAGAAGCUGCAAAGGUUGAAUAAUGAUAGAUUAGAUAUAAAUUUCUGUUCUGUUUACAGAUUUGAUCGAUGUUGUGGGAUUUCUUUAGUUUUGUUGGUAGUAGUACACACCGCUUGUUAGUUUUUUGGUGCAGAGAUUUAAACACCAAUUGUACUUAGGGA